GGGUGGGGGAACAGAACCUGAAGGGGCGGGGCUACGACUACCGCCAGCCCGGCCCAGCUCCCCCAGGGCCGGAGGAUAAAGUUAGAGCUCAGUCCCAGUAGACUCAGUCCACGGCGCCGGCACCAUGCCAGUGACACUGGGUUACUGGGACAUCCGCGGGCUGGCUCAUGCCAUCCGCCUGCUCCUGGAAUACACAGACACCAGCUAUGAGGAGAAGAGAUACACCAUGGGGGACGCUCCUGACUAUGACAGAAGCCAGUGGCUGAGUGAGAAAUUCAAGCUGGGCCUGGACUUUCCCAAUCUGCCCUACUUAAUUGAUGGCCCUCACAAGAUCACCCAGAGCAACGCCAUCCUUCGGUACAUUGCCCGCAAGCACAACAUGUGCGGGGAGACAGAAGAGGAGAAGAUCCGUGUGGACAUUUUGGAGAACCAGGCUAUGGAUGUCUCCAAUCAGCUGGCCAAAGUCUGCUACAGUCCUGACUAUGAGAAACUGAAGCCAGAAUACUUGGAGCAGCUCCCUGAAAUGCUGAAGCUCUUCUCACAGUUCCUGGGGAAGCAGACAUGGUUUGUUGGUGAAAAGAUCACUUUUGUGGAUUUCCUUGCAUAUGAUAUCCUUGACCUACACCAUAUAUUUGAACCUAAGUGCCUGGAUGCAUUCCCAAACCUGAAGGAGUUUGUGGCCCGCUUUGAGGGACUGAAGAAGAUCUCUGCCUACAUGAAGACUAACCGCUUCCUCCGAAUGCCUCUGUAUACAAGGGUGGCCACAUGGGGCAAUAAAUAGGGUCUUGAAAGGGUAGGAGGUGGGAAUGAGGAGCAAGUUCUUGUGUUGCCUGGAGCUUUGGCAAACAGCUGGACUUUUGCUGAAGUCCUGAUGCCACCUUCUCCUUCCCAUCCCCAGAGGUGUCAUGGACUCUCUUUUCUCUUACCUAAUUUUUACCCAUUCAAGCCCUUUAAAGCCUAGGAUGCUGGUUUUCCUUCAGCAAAGUGCCCUUUUAACAUGACUGUGUCCUCUAUGAACACCCAUCUUGUGGUCUUGCCCAUCGAUGGCUGUGCUGCUUUGAAGAGCCUAUUUGGAACCCUCAUCUCAAAGCUCAGCCUCUGGCUCCCCAUGUUUCAUAGGAGACUUGAGGUGCCUGGAGUGUAGUCCUGCUUCCCAAUGAGGUCCCUUCCCAGCCCUGUCUGGGUCGCACAAAGCCUGAGCUACACUUGCUCUGGCUGUUGCACUCUCCAGCUUUCACUGCUCCCUCUAGGACUGCCUGGGGACCCUGGCAGAGGCUGUGUUCACAGGGACUCUGGUGGGAUAGGCAGGGGUUUGGGCUUCCUGGUUCCUGUCUGACACCCUUACAGCAGGUAGCCACAGGAGGCCCUGGAGUGCUCAAAUGGAGCCUUUUGGGGCCUGGAGCCUCCUUCUCUCUAGUGUUACUGAGGCUUGCUAUGUGGGCCUGAGGAAUGAGGACCAGGCUGGUAGGAGUCCCCAGCAGUGAGCCAAGAUCCUUUCUGUAUCCCAGUUACAUCUAUAGGUCUCAAGGACCCUGUCUAUUCACUCUCUGAUGCCUUCAGCGUGUUCUGUCUGGGCCUACUGCUCACCUGGUGUGGGGGACCAUCUUUCUUGGUUAAUCCCUUCUGUCCCUGAACUCCUGUAAAAUGAAUUUAAUAAAUUUCAUCAUGCUUUCAUAA